AUGCCCAAAGCCACCCCCGCCAAAGGUGCUGCUACCAAGCACAAGUUCGUUAUCGACUACUCGAAGCCCGCCGCGGACGGUGUCUUCGAUGGUGCCGAUUUCGAAAAAUUCCUUCACGACCGCAUCAAGGUAGAGGGAAAGGCUGGCCAGCUUGGUGACAACGUCAAAGUCGUCCGGGAUGGCAACACGAAAAUCACCGUGACCUCCAACGUGCCAUUCUCAAAACGGUACCUGAAAUACCUCACAAAGAAGUUCUUGAAGAAGAACAGCUUGCGUGACUGGAUUCGGGUUGUCGCUUCUUCGAAAGACAACUACCAACUGCGCUUCUACAAUAUUGCUGGCACUGGUGAGGACGAGGACGAGGAUUAG